AUGCUGGUGGCAGCAGGAGCAGGCGACCUGCCCUCCGGGGUGGCGGCUUCAUUGAGAGGGUUGAUGCCGGGCAGUAGGAUCCUGGUGCGCUACGUCGACGCCGGCGAGGACCUCCUGCACGAGCGGGUGUGCCUGUGGCCGGUGAGUUUCGAGGAAUGGAUCACGGAGUCACCUGAUGGCGACCAGAUGCCAGAGCGUCUCUCAGGCCCCGACAUCGAGGAGUUCAUCGUGCUGUCGCCUGGUGGCGGGGUGCCUCGACACGUGGUCUCGCCGAGGUACCGGUUCCGACGAGAGAUCGGCGCCCGGGAGCUCCGCGGGAAGGUGAUCGAGGCUCGGUACCUGGCGCGCCAGGCGCUCGCCGCUGGCGAGGCGCCGCUGCCCGCGCCGCUUCGCACGCAGCAGUGGGACGGGCGCGUGGUGGCGCUGGAGGACUUCUGGCGGCUUGGAGGUGCUCCUGCCCGCCGCGGGCGGGGCAAGGCGCCACCGAUUGUGCUGGAUGCGCCCGACGACGAGGACGACGACAGGGGGGGCACCCAGACCCCUCCACCCCGAGAGGAGGCUGUCGCCGCCGCGGCGACCGCCACCGUGGAGGACGAAAAGGACUACCGCUGGGUCGUCGGCGAGCCGAACUCCUCGUUCCCGCUCGGCACCGAGUUCACCGUCGCGACGAUCCUCGGCGAGAAGGACGCCUGCAGGCUGGGGGAUCGGAUGCUGGUGAGCGUCGCUGCGCCCCCUGCCUCGGGUCGGACCGCCGAGGGCGUCGUGGUGCUCUACCGCCUCCACGGGGACGACGUGCCUGGUUUUGGGGCCAAGCGCUGGAAGGACAUCGCCGCGCUCAUGCCCCGCGACGGGUCUGCGGCGCCUGAGCCUUCUUCGCCUGCCCCUGUGGACGCGCCUCCUGAGCCGGACCUUGACGACGCCAGGACCCUGCCCGUGCAGUACGACGAGCAGGGCGAGAGGUUCCGCUCGUGGAAGGAGGCCGUCGCCAAGAUGCACGAGAGCUUCUAUGAGGACUGGCCCGUCGAGGGCCCGCGCACCAUGCUGUGGAUGGCAAAGAACAUUGAGAGGACUGGAGGCUCCCCGAUGCAGUGGUACCACAAGUAUCUCGCCGAGAAUCGCAUCGCUGCGUCGGACCGUCUCGCGUGCGAGCUCCAGGCGAUGUGCCGCCUGCUGGAGCACGCCGGGUGCUACGAUCAGCUCAACCUCGCGUCGCUGGCCGCGUUCGAGGUGCUGGCGAGGAGGAUGCAGCUGUUGCUGGACGCGGCCAGUCGUGGUCCUGGAGAGGGCCGCUUUGAGGACGAGGAACUGUGGUCAGGCCAUCAGCAGCGGACGGCGGGGAUCGCCCCGGCCCUCACCGCUCACGUGGCUACCCGUACCAAAGAGAAAGCCGAGAUCGAGAAGCAGCGCCAGAAGGCCAUCACUCGUCGUGCCAACGAUGCCAUCUCAACCCUGAACUGGCUGAGCGGGUGCGGUGGGGCGGCCCCCGAGGGGAUAUGCUCGCCGGCGCAGGCCGAGGCCGUCCAGCACAUUAAGGGCGUGAUGGAGCGCUCUCAGGCUGUUGAUGUUGUUCCGCGUCCGCAUGAAGCCGCACGCGCGCUUCUGCGUUCCCGAGCCGGCUACGACUCGGAUGAGCAUAUUGUGAGCGACUACCAGGAAGAGCUGUUGUCGGUACCCGCGUCGUGCAAGGACUGCCCUUAUGCGGUCGAUGUGGUGCCCGCUGAGGCUGCAUCAAUGCUGGUAGAUUUUGAAGAACGUAUGGUCAGGCCUGACAUCGAAUUUUGGGAGCUGGAGGACAACUCGGAGCCGGUCACCCCCUACAUGGACCGAAACUUGGCGGGGGAUCGACAGGCCUACAUCAAGUUUGUCCGUCGGCUGGAGUCAAUUGGCGUGUUGCGGUGGUGCGCCGCUGUCAAGGAGCGCGCCACCGUGUUCUGUGUGAAGAAAAAGUCGGGGAUGCAGCGGCUAGUGGUCGACGCUCGCCGCAGCAACCGCCGCUUUCGCGAUCCCCCCGGAGUGGAGCUGGCCACCGCCGAGUCGCUAGGGCUCAUCGAGGUCGACGACGACUCGGAGGUGUUCAUCAGUACAGGCGACGUGCGGGACGCGUUCUACCGCUUCAAGAUCGAUGUGGAGCUCAGCCGCUACUUCGGGCUGCCGCCGCUGCGAGCGGAGGAGCUCCACCUUCACGAGGCUGAGGGGGAGUGGCUGUCGGCGGACCGCUGGGUGCACCCCUGCUUCGCGGUGCUCCCCAUGGGGUUCAAGUGGUCACUCUACCUCGUACAGGAGGCGGUCACCAAGCAGGUGGAGGAUGCCACGGGCGCGACCGCCGAUCGGCGUCUGCAGACGUUUGGCGGCUCGCGCCUGAUCACCUCAGGCGGGCAGCCUCUCCACUAUGUCUACGUGGACAACGUGGGCUUUCUUGGCGGUCAGCCUGAGGAGGUGCAGACGAUGAAGGAUUGUGCUUGCGAGCGAUUGGACGGCGUGGGGCUGUCCACUCACGAGCACGUCGAGGCUCAGACUCAGUCGGAAGUGCUGGGCGUGGCGAUCGAUGGCGGCAAGGGCAUUGUAGCCACGUCGCUCAAGAGGAUGUGGAAAGUCGACAGCCUGCUGACCUGGCUGCUGGACCGUGGAGUUGCCUCGGGGCACCAGCUGGAGUCGACCGUUGGCCACCUGACCUUCAUUUUCAUGCUCCGUCGCCCCCUGUUGUCGGUUCUGUCUGCGACCUACCAGUUCAUUCGUAGCGCUGGUGGUGAGCAGGUCGACCUCUGGCCCUCUGUGCGGGCCGAGCUUAGUGCAGCGCGAGCCCUGCUACCCUUUGCAUUUGCUCAGUGGAGAUUGCCCUGGCAUGGCGAGGUGGUGGCGACGGAUGCCUGCCCUACAGGUUCUCGAGAUGCCCUGGAGGACAAGUUCACCGUGUACGUCCCUAAGGGGACGAAUGACCCGAACGAGUACUGGGAGGAGGACCCCAAGUUCCCCGACAUCAGCCCCGACUGGAUCCACGGGGCCCCCUGGAAGUUUGUAUACGCUGGAAGGUUCUGCCGUAGGGAGGCCAUUCACAUUCUGGAGGCGAAGGGGAUGAUCUGGGCCCUGCGUCGGCUCGCAAAGCGCCCUGGUAUCGGUGGUCGUCAUGUCGUCUUCUUGGGGGAUAACAUGGGCCAGAUCUUGGCGUUCUGCAAGGGGAGGGCCUCGGAUUUCCAGAUGAACAUCUGCUGUCGAAGGUGGUGCGCCCUUUCCCUGGCCCUCAACAUCCGUUGCCAUGUUCGUUGGGUGCCGUCUGAGCUCAAUCCCGCCGACGGGCCUUCGCGGCGGUACGAGCCCGGGCACAAGCGGCCGAAGUCCGAUGCGGUCGCAGGGGCCGACCCGGCCGCCGCCGGUUCGGCGAGAGGAUCGGCGCCUGUUGAGCAACGGGCGCAACGCUGCACAGAAGGCGUCGGCUAUCCCGGCGGCUCGGCCGCGGAGGGAGAUCCCGCGCCUGCCGAGGAGCGUGCCGAUCUCGCAGCCGGCGUAGCUGAGGAGGCUGAGUACGGCGCUGGCGAGGCAGGAGUCGACUUCGCCUGCUCGAGGGUGUACCGACGAGAGUUCUUCAACGGCAUGGACGGGAGCGUCGGGCACUACCUGCUGGCGGCCAUCAAGGGCAUCCGCCCGGAGUUCGGGCGAGCUGGGACCUUUCGGCUUCCCCGGGCCCACCGUGCCCUCCAGGGCUGGGACCGCCUGGCUCCUGGGCAAUCGCGGCUCCCCGAGGCGCGACCGGUGUGGGCGGCCCUGAUGGUGGGGCUGGUGCGGGCGGGCUUCCGCACGAUGGCGAUCGAGACGCUGGCCGCGCUUGUGACCUACGCGCGGCCUGGGGAGAUUCACGAGCUGAAGGCGAAGUGGCUCAUCCCCCCGUCGUCGAACGUGGGGCCCCACUGGACGUUCGUCAUCCGGCCGUCCGAGGAGCUGAGGCCGACCAAGGUGGGGAUCUACGACGACACCGUCAUCUGGGACAAGGAGGAGGCGUGGACCACGCAGCUGCUGCGCGAGCUGGUGCGCGGCAAGAGCGGCGACGAGCCCGUCUUCAACUACAGCUACGCCGCGUACCUGAAGCAGUUCAAGGCGGCUGCGAAGCGGCUGGGGCUUCCAGAGCUGGUUCCUUACCAGCUCCGCCACAGCGGCGCGUCGUGGGAUCGGCUGCAGCUGCGACGCACGCUGGACGAGAUCAUGAAGCGUGGCCGCUGGGGCAGCCACAAAAGCGUCGCCCGCUACGAGAAGGGCGGCCGUGUGCAGGCGCAGUGGCAGCGGCUGCCCAAAAGUUUCCAGCAGUUCGCCCUGUGGUGCGAGGCCAACCUGCAGCGCGUGAUGCUGGACGGCCUCGCCCCGCCCGCCGCACCGUCGCUGCCGCGCAGGCUCAGUGCCGUGGACAUAGAGAAGGUGCAUAUCGGUAACUUGCUGACCAGGUUCACGAUAAAGCUGGUACGCCUCUGCCUGAGGAUGAAG